UGGUUAGUUUUGUAACUAUAUAUUAUUUGUUGUUAUUUGUAAAUGAUGAACUUUUAUAUAUUUUAUUAACAAAGUAGUAAAUAAUUUGAAAGAGAUUUAGCAAUAUUUGAAAUAAUGUAAUAUGACGUAUUAUUUCAUAUUUAUAUUCUAUUCAUCAAUAUUCGCCGAUAAUCGUGGUGAAUUAAACACAGAUUCAUAUAAUGUAUUAAAAAACGUAUAAUUUUUAUUAAUUCGAAUCUUUAUUGUUUCUCAUAACAAUAAGGAAAUUAAAAUUUACUUUACAAUAGUAGUGAUAAAUAUUUAUAUUAAAAAUAUUCAGUUCUCACGCAAUAUGAUUAAAAUAUUAUUUUUUAUCUUUGUCAUAUUUAUAAAAUUCAUAUUUUGUCAAAAUGACUUUUUUGAUGAAGAAUUAAUGUUAAAACCAUUAUCAAAUAAUUAUGUCUAUGCAUAUUUUCAAUUUACUACGGUAUGGGAAACUACAAAAAACAUAAAGACAUUUCAACAUUCUCAUUUAUUUCCAAGAGGCCUUGGUGAAAUUAUAAGUCGUCAUAAUGUAGAUGAAUUACAUCUUACAUUAACCAAAGGUUUAUGGAAUUAUCAAAAAUGGGGAUAUCCUUAUCAUGAUGCUGGUCCUGGUGCUGAAAUAUUUACAUGGUUUCAUAAAGAUGUCACCAAUGUUGAUAUGGAAUGGGAAGGUUUAACAAAUGCUUUAGCUGGUUUAUUUUGUGCUUCCUUGAAUUUUGUUAAUCCUGCAAAUAGUAUUUCUCCAGAAUUUACAUUCCGACCUACAGGUGUAGUAGAACAUAGUAUCAAUUCUAGUCAUCUACGCUAUUCAUCAUUACCAAGAGAAAUAGUUUGUACUGAAAAUUUAACUCCAUUUAAGAAACUAUUGCCAUGUAAUUCUAAGAAAGGUUUGGCAACCUUAUUAAAUUCUGCUUAUAUUCAUAAUACAAAUUAUCAUUCCAUUGGAAUACAUUUUCGAAUUAUAUGCUCUAACAUGAUCUGUACUAAAACAUCAUUAGAGUUACGUCAAUCUGUUUCAUUGAUAUAUGAUACUAUAACAGAUACAUCACAGGACUGGUCAAUUCGAAAAUUUUUUGGAAUAGGUAUUAGAGGAGCAUGCCCUCUUGCUACAUUAAGCAAUGUAUAUAUUGACAUAUCUAGUAAUGGUACAAAUCAAGUUUAUGUAUUAGUACCUCCACCAAGUGCAAAAAUCAUUAGUCUUCGAGGAGGACAAUUAAAUGAAAUUGCAGUUUAUGAUAUAAGAUCACAUUCCACAAAAGGAAUAUUUAAUAUUGGAGUUCUAUAUAAUACUACUCACACAGCUGGUUUAAAUUAUCCUUCAAUUUUGUUUGCAAAUAGAUACGUCAUUGGAUAUGGACAAGAAAAAGGUAGUUUAGUAACAAAAAUUUACAAUAAUUACUGGCGAACACUCGACAUUAUUUUAUUAGAAAGUAUUCCAUGGUAUUUGCCAGUAUAUUUACAUUCUGUCACAAUAACUUGUGGAACAAAAAAUAUUAUACCAUUGGCACAACGUUAUCUGCCAGGCAAGGAAAGGAAAAGUCCUUACCAUUUAGAAUUAAUUUUACGUUUACCACCACAAUCGGUAACUAAAUUUUCUAUAGAAAUGGAAUAUUCUUUUCUUAAAUGGCAAGAAUAUCCACCGGAUGCUAAUCAUGGAUUUUAUAUGGGUCCCGCUAUAAUCACUGCAUUACUUCCGAUCGCGAGGAAUUAUAGUGCAUUACCGCUCGAUGGAAGUACUAUAACGUCAAGUUUUAACGCUUCAAGAGAAGGAUAUAUAGUACAAUUGAGAACUGAAUCUUUAUUAAUUAGCCUGCCUACACCUGAUUUUAGUAUGCCGUACAAUGUAAUUUGUUUAGCUUGUACAGCAGUUGCCAUGGCCUUUGGACCACUCCAUAACAUUUCAACUAAAAGAUUAGUUUUAAAACAUGUUGAAAUGGAUUGGAAGGAGAAACUGUUUUCAUUUUUAAUUAAAAAAAUCGUUAAACCAAAGAAAAAGCAAGAAUAAAAAUAGUGUAAUUUAUUGAAAUUUGGUUUUACACACACAUAUAUAUAUGAAAAUAUAUAUAUAUGAUUUUUUUUAUUAAGAUAAAAAUUGUUAUUAAAGAAAAAUUUAAAAAAAUAAUAAAAUAUAAAUACGAUCAUUUUAUAUUUCAAUAAAAUAUAGAAACAAAAUUAACU